CUUCCCCUAUCGUAAGUCUUCUUUUACCAAGUGAGCAAGGGAGUCUCUACGGAAGACAGGCUUAUGAAUUGAAGUUAUUUCUCGGGUGUUUCUCAGUUUCAAAGUUUUGUUUGUGAGAAGUGUUUUACUUUGAUAAUAUAUGAGUCCAUAAAAAUGAUCAAGUUUACAAUAAAAACGCUAGAUUCACAAAAUCAUCAUUUCGAAGUGGGCGAUGAGACCACAGUCGAAGAACUUAAGAUCAUUAUUCAGGAGGAGAUGGACAUCGACGUGGGUUCUCAGCGGCUUAUCUUCUGCGGGAGGGUGCUUCAAGAUGAUAAGAAGCUAACUGAGUAUGGUGUUCACGGGAAGGUGAUACACAUGGUCCAGCGGCCACCACCUGCCGCAGAGUCGAGGCGCUUCAGGGACGACGACGACGACGGCACGGGCAACCAAGGUGUCCGGUUCCACAGCGCAGGCGACCACACAGCACAUACCCGCCAAGAGAUACGAAGACUGAUGGAAUCCAUGAACUUAUCGCCUACUAUGAGCCGCAUGGAGUUUGUCCGGCGAGUCAUCUCGGAAAUAAGAAUCACGCUCCUACAGCUGCGCAACCAUGUCGCAGGAAGGCACAUUCUAACUAAUGAAGAAGAACAGCCGGGGCCAUCCACCUCUAGCGGUAGAUCCGGCGGCCGAGCUAAUCCAGCACUAAACGAAGACGACAUCGAGGCCAUUGGCGCAUUCGAACAUAUCCCCAGCUCGCUUCUCGGGGACACGCCACAUUUCCAACGGCAUGCUGAUGACAUUGUAGGUGUCGUUACUAGAGCGGACAAUUUCAACUAUGGUCCGAGGCACGGAUUACAACCCUCAGGUCCCUACCCCAGGGACUUGGCUAAUCUGAUGGAGGAGUUGGAGGUGCUGAAUUUGCGUUUCGCCAGAUACCGCGCGAUGUACAUGGACCUUCUGAUGGUUUCCAAUCGCACUGUUCCCCCAGUCUAUAGCGAGGCAGAGAAGGCAACUCAGAGGCGUACAAUUGAGCUGACGUGCGCUAUAAUGCACAGCUUUUCGCACGCGUACCACGCAAUCAGCGAUAUAACACUUGACCUUUCGCCGCGGAUACCUCAGCUCACUUCAGAGAUGGCAACUAUGCAUGCAACAAUGCCUGUCCAUGCGGUGAUCAAUGUGGUCCAAUCUCCUCGUACGAACAAUCAAGCCGGAUGGGCGCCCCAGGGUGGUCCUCCGGGUACUGGAGCAGCGCAGCCGACGGCGGCACCUGGCACCGGAAACUCUGGUACUGCAUCUGAUGAUAGCGGCACUUCCACAGACCAGUCGCAGUCGCAGCAGUCGCAACAACAAUCGCAACAAGCUACCGAUGACGCGAAUCGACGACAAGUGUACAUCGAUUUCGAGAACAUUUUCCGCGGCCUCGGACACCAAAAUAGUGUGGAGGUGGUGAUGAGCAUGGAGGAGAUCCCAGCUGAAGCCGUGGCGGCGGGCCACAUCAUCAGCGCUCCCAUCAAUCAGAUCCCGAUACAGGGCGAUGGCCAAGUUUUCGCUGCGCAGAUGCCGUGGGGUCCAGCUCCCACCGCCGAGUUCAUACACACGAUUGUUUCCACCGUUAUUGAACAUAGCAUUGAAGGUGGCAUUCCGCAGCAGCAGAUGCAACAAUAUCAGCAGCAGCAACAACAGCAUGCGCAGCAGCAACAGCAUGCGCAGCAGCAGCCUGAACAGCAACAACAGCAUGCGCAGCAGCAACAGCAUGCGCAGCAGCAGCCUGAACAGCAACAACAGCAUGCGCAGCAGCAACAGCAUGCGCAGCAGCAGCCUGAACAGCAACAACAGCAUGCGCAGCAGCAGCCUGAACAGCAGCAACAGCCGCGCCAACAACAGCCGCGCCAACAACAGCCUUCGUAUCGUUUCUCAUAA